AUGAUGAAGCAGAAGACGAUUGUGUCCAACGGUAAUAACCUUCCACUGGAGAUUCUCGCCGACAUACUCGCACGGUUAUCUGUUCUUCUCCCUUUUUCGCCAAAACCCAUCUCAAACGAAACCCUAGUAAAAAAAUCGUUCUCUUUUGCGACUCUGAAGAUCUCUACUCCGUUGAUUUCGCCGCCGCAAAAAAGCUUGAAAUCCCCUCGGUCCAAUACUCCCACAAGUCAUUCCGAAUUCGUUUUGAAUCCAUCCACUAGAGAAGGUAAGAAGCUGCCCACGUGCCCUUUAUCUACUCCCCAUUUGUUUAGUGAGCCCUACGUUUAUCUACAUGGUUUUGGUUAUGACUCAUCUAGGGAUGAUUACAAGGUUGUGAUGCUCCCGCACAAGUAUACUAAGUCUGAUUCUAAAUCCUAUUGCGAUGGUGAUACUAAUAAUACCUAUGUGUUUGUCUAUUCACUGAAAACUGAUGCUUGGAGGAGAAUUCAAGGUUUCCAUUAUCAUCCUUUGGGAUAUUUUUCUGGGGUUCAUCGGCUUCCUUCUGGGGUUUACUUUAAUGAGCGUCUCCAUUGGCUUUGUAGGAGGACUGGUGGUUCGGAUGUUCUUGGGGGUUAUCUCUGUGUGGUUGUCUUGCCUUCUAGUUUCCGAAAUGAAGUUUGGAUGAUGAAGGACUACGGGGUAAGAGAAUCCUGGACCAAAUUUACGACUAAUCCUAAGAUGGUUUUAAAGGAUUUGUUGUGUUUGUUGGCAAAGGACAAAUUUUGGUUGAAAACCACAGGAAAUGUAGAUGAAGUGUGCCAAGAUAAAUUGGUUGUGUACAAUUCAAAAAAGUAA